GCAGAAACAAAGGAUUGAAAACUAAAUGGGCCUAAUUAUAUUAUCCAGGCCCAUUAUAAGAGGUUUACAUAUAAGUAACAUAGCUUAGCUUACCUUCAUUCAAAAUAAUUCAAGCCGAGAAACUCGUCCCCUUAAAACCCCAAGACUUCUCUGUGACCUAGCUUCCAGGUCAAGUUAUGACAGAGACAGGAGAAGUUGCUGUGAACCCGAGAGCAUAUCCUAUCGCAGAUUCUCAGUUAUCGUUAACGAUUCUGGAUCUAGUUCAACAAGCCGCUUUCCAUCAACAACUCAAGAAGGGUGCUAAUGAAGCUACGAAGGCACUUAAUCGUGGGAUCGCUGAGAUUGUGGUCAUGGCUAUAGAUGUUGAUCCCCUGGAUAUUCUUCUUCAUCUUCCUUUAAUAGCUGAGGAUAAGAAUGUUCCGUAUGUGUUUGUGCGUUCAAAGCAAGCCUUGGGAAGAGCAUGUGGUGUAUCAAGAUCUGUUAUUGCUUGUUCUAUCACAUCAAAUGAUGAUGGUGGUCUGUUGGAAAAACAAAUCGAGCAUCUCAAGGAUACUAUUGAGAAGCUUCUCAUCUAAAAAUAAAAACCUCGAAUUGACUGCUCGGUAUGAUGAGUCUCCCCUUACGGUAAGGCUUUGACUGAAGUUUUGUGUAAGCAAAUACCAAAUCAAAAACCGUCCAUAUUUCUCUCUUAUUUUUUACUUUUUGCUGUAAAGUAUGACAUGACAUUGAUAAUUGACACAUUUAUCUAAAUUUCUGUUUCUUCAA